AUGCCGCAUCGCACCAUUCAUCUUUUCCGUAAGGGGCUUCGGCUUCACGACAACCCGACGCUGCUGGCCGCGCUCGAGUCCUCGGAGGUCGUCUACCCCGUCUACAUCCUGGACAGAACGUUCGUGACGUCCGCGAUGCGCGUAGGGGCCCUGCGGUGGCAUUUUCUGCUGCAGUCCCUGGAAGAUCUCCAGAAGAAUUUGUGCCAGCUGGGCUCUUGCUUGCUGGUUCUUCAAGGAGAGUACGAGGCCGUCCUCCGAGACCACGUGCGGCGGUGGGAGAUCACGCAGGUGACUCUGGACGCGGAGAUGGAACCGUUUUACAAGGAGAUGGAGGCCAACAUCCAGCGCCUGGGGGAAGAGCUGGGCUUCAAGGUGCUUUCCCUGGUGGGUCACAGCCUGUACGACACCAAGCGGAUUUUGGAGCUGAACGGCGGGACCCCCCCGUUGACGUACAAGCGGUUCCUUCACAUUCUGUCUCUGCUGGGUGACCCCGAGGUGCCCGUCCGAAACCUCACAGCCCAGGACUUCCAGUGAUCUCUCUCUCACGUUAGAUGUAAGAGCCCCGACCGCAGCUUGGCUGACUGUUACAGGGUGCCUCUCCCCGCGGAUUUGAAGAUCCCCCCGGAGAGCCUCUCUCCCUGGAGAGGAGGGGAGACGGAGGGGCUGCAGCGCCUGGAGCAACACUUGACUGACCAGGGCUGGGUGGCAAGUUUUACUAAACCGAGAACGAUCCCAAACUCGCUGCUCCCAAGCACCACGGGCCUGAGCCCCUAUUUCAGUCUGGGCUGCCUGUCGGUUCGCACGUUUUUCUACCGGUUGUCAAACAUUUACGCUCAGGCCAAGCAUCACUCUCUGCCCCCGGUGUCGCUCCAAGGGCAGCUUCUCUGGAGGGAAUUCUUCUACACGGUGGCGUCAGUGACACCAAACUUCACCAGGAUGGCCGGGAACCCCAUCUGCCUGCAGAUCAGUUGGUACGAGGAUGCAGAGAGGCUCCACAAAUGGAGAACGGCACAGACGGGGUUCCCGUGGAUCGAUGCGAUUAUGACCCAGCUGCGCCAGGAAGGCUGGAUCCAUCACCUCGCUCGGCACGCCGUCGCCUGCUUCCUCACGCGGGGAGACCUCUGGAUCAGCUGGGAAGAAGGCAUGAAGGUGUUUGAAGAGCUGCUUUUAGAUGCUGACUACAGCAUCAACGCGGGGAACUGGAUGUGGCUGUCGGCCAGCGCGUUCUUCCACCAGUACACGCGGAUCUUCUGCCCCGUCCGCUUCGGGAAGCGCACGGACCCCGAGGGGCACUACAUUCGGAAAUACUUGCCGAUACUAAAGAACUUUGCCUCCAAGUACAUCUAUGAGCCCUGGAUGGCAUCUGAAGAGGAGCAGAAGCAAGCGGGGUGUAUCAUAGGCCAAGAUUACCCCUUCCCAAUGGUGAACCACAAGGAAGCCAGCGACCACAACCUGCAGCUGAUGAAGCAGGUCAGGGAGGAACAGCACAGAACCGCCCAGCUCACCAGAGAUGACACAGACGACCCAAUGGAUGUGAAGGUAAAGCGUGACCACUCCGAAGAAAACGUUGCAAAAGGAAAAGCAGCCAAGAUGACAGAACAAACCGAGAUCCCGUCCGGGAUUACCUGCUGUGAACCAGAAAAUGGCAAAAAGUGCGAGCCAGAGGCCAGCUGA